AGGUUAAUUUGGGAAUAACCAGAUCGUGCACCGAUGGGACUGUGGCAUCCCGUGGCAAACCGAGUGUGUAUGUGUGUGUAGUGUAAAAUUUAUGAAAACAAAAUAAACAUGGAAAAUGACCCGAAAUCCUCUCAGGACUCCGCAGAAGUGUCUCUGCGCAGUCCUGGAGAGCCGGAAACGACCAUACUGGAAGAACAGCGGACUGGAGUCGUAGCCAAGCUGACCGCUGUUUCGGAUGCUGCUGUUGCUGCGGCAGUAUCGGAAAAGUCUACCACAGAUAAGAGCUCGUUUGCUGGGAACCUGGAGAGCACGCUGAAGGAGAAGAACGUUCCAAUUAAGAAGAAGCUCUCACAGGAGGAAGAUACCGGUGUGGAGGAGGAAGUAGAGGAAGAGGUUGAAGAGGAAGUGGAAGAGGAGGAAGAAGAGGAGCCUAAAGAAGAAUUGAAACCCGAUCCAUCCGUUGAGGAACCUGAACUACCAAAGGAAUCGCCUGCGGAAGCAACGGACGCUGCCAAAUCACUCGGUGACAAAGACUCUACGCUUGAGUCGAAAGAGCAUGGCGAUAAGCCAAUGGUGCCACCGCAGACCUACCUCUGGGAGGAGGUUAAGAAGUCCAAGGAACAGGGAGGAUAUCCAUGGACGCAUCUGUACAAAGGAGAUCCGGAGGAAGGUGCGGAAGCAGCCCAACUGUCGCAGGAAUCACCUUCGGCGAAUCGUCGACGAAAGGGCGAAGAGCAAGCGGUAGAGCAGGAAGAAGUGUUGGCAGAAAAGAAGGUUAAGGUACAGAAUGGGGAACAUCCCAACGGUACCACCGGAGAUCAUCCGAUGGAGGUCGAUCAGCCGGCCACCUCGAAUGGACACUGCGAAGACGCAGAGGCUGGCCCAAGCGAACCAAAACCACAAUCGCCAAGACGCAGUAGAAAGCGCGCUGCGUCCCACGAACCCGAAUCGGGCAGCCGCCAUUCCGUUCGGGAAGAGAUCAAACACUUCCUCGACGAGCAUCCGUCUAUUCGUAGCUUUAGCAACAGUCUCACACGGCAGGGCAAGAAAACGCGCACCUUCGUGAGCCGGUCGCUGGAACGUGCGAAAUCGAUGGCUGAUCGACAGAUCGAUCGUGCCCGCGUGCAAAUGAACACGCUGCGCCGCAAGAAGGCUGCAUCGGAACCUCGCAGCCUUCCGGAUCAGAAAAUUCUCAAUCUGCGGGAAUCGCCUCGCCUGAAUAAUCGUGAAAUACCGGCCUACGUUGUGCGUCAGCCGAGUGAUGAGGUGAUUGAGGUGGUAGAUGAGGAGAAGAUCGUUAAGGUGACGGUGGAAACGGAAGCCUCCAAGAGUACUGUCGUUGUGCCGGAUGAGAUUAUAGAGCUGCCAAAGGAUCCAGAAGAUCGUACCGUGGAGUCGGUGGAGGAGCAAAUCAUGGUUGUGGAGGUAUCUGGCCCACCAAUGGCUGCCCCAGUCGAUGAGGAUGAUCGUUAUGAAAUUAUUGAACCACCAAAAUCGGAAACUGUGGCUGUCGUUGAACAACCACCACCAGUUCUCGAGUCACCGAUCGUCCCGGUAAAAGCAAAACCACCCCUAAAAGCUCCUCGCAAAAAGAAGGAACAUCACUACGAAGAUAUUGAAGAUUUUGAACCGCAACCGACAAAGGAUGCUGCUCCGGAAUCUGCUGGCGAUGCAAAAUUGCAGCGCCAAGAACACAUCAAGGAAGAGGGGCUGGAUCCAAUCAUUGGAGAAAUGUUGGGUAACGACAAGAUCAAGAUAUCGCUCCAACUGCAGGAUGAGAAGUUUGUGGACGACAUGUUCGGCCGGCGAAAGCAUCUGGACGAGAUUUUGCAGCAAUCAUCCGAAGACGAGCGGGAAAAGGAACCGGUCAAGUUGGCAAACAAAGGCCUGCUCGCACCUAUAUCCUCUAUCGACUCCACGUCCUCCGACGAGGAGGCUCGCCGUACGCAUCUCAGCACACUAGCGGAAGAAAGCGAUACAGGCAGUAUCGAUGGCGGUACACCGUGCAAAAAGCAGGACUCUCUGAAGGAGUCAGAAUUACCACCGGUGGCAGAGUGCAGCAAAGAGUUAGAGCUAACGCCCGCCGAAGAGCAUCUACUGAUGGAAGCGGAAAAGACGACUGCAGAAGAGUCGCCCCCACAGGCUGCUGUAGAAUCGGAAGCGGAAGCCGCUCCGGUGGUGGAAACCGAGCAACCGAAGGUUGACACUCGUUGGUCAAAAAUGAGAUCGUGUAAUCGUCUCUAG